AUGCUUGUGAGGGUUUAUCACUUUCCAUCCUCUCCAAGAGCGAUCAAGCAAGACCAAUCGAUCAUGGGAGUUCCUGGGUUUUUCGCCUGGCUCGUAUCCAAGCAUCCUCGUUGCGUGAGGGACGCGAUUGAUGGUGCCAAGAACAAUAUGCUUCGGUACGACACCGCGAACUUGUAUGUCGACCUCAACACCAUCAUCUGGGUCAUCCUGGAAAGCCACGAUUGCCCGCCCACCUUCGCCACUUUUUACCAAGAGUUCCUCGACUCGCUCCGCAAGCUCGUCGCCAUGGUGGCUCCGAGCAAGCUCGUCUUCCUAGCCCUGGAUGGAAGGCCUCCCACCCCCAAGCUCUUCAGCAAGCUCUUCAAGAAGCCGUGUCGCUACAAUCGCGAUGCUUCUCUCUCCUCCUUGUCCUCCUCGGAGGAUGAGCUCGAUUCCACCAAAGGUCAGACAGGUGAUCUCAUCCCACGCAAUCGCAAGGCCAAGAUGGCGAUGGUCCGCCAUGGAACGCCUUUCAUGAACGGGCUGGAGAGUGAACUGCGACGAUUUGUGGCAAGCAUGAUGCUGUCAAGUUCAUAUGAUCAUCGCCGGAGGAGAUCAAUGACUAGCUCGAGGCUCCAGUGGAUCGUUUCCACGUCCGAGGAGGACGGGGAGGGCGAGCUCAAGAUCUUCAACCACAUACGGGCUCUGCCGUUCAACGCCCACGACUUCCACUGCGUGGUUGGACGCGACGCCGACUUGAUCAUGCUGGCUCUCGCUAGCCCACUCUCCAGGAAGAUCAACAUCGUCCGCCAGACGCCGAAGGACGGAGUGAUGAUUUACAAACUCAUCAGCAUCGAGACGCUCGUGCGUGAUUUCGAGGUGCAGAUGGAAGAGCCGUGCUCUGUGCGGCUGCGGUCCACCAUGAGGGAUCUCGUGUUCCUGUGCUUCCUUCUGGGGAACGAUUUCUUGCCCGGCCUGGAGGCGCUGACAAUCCGAAACAAUGGCAUCGACAAGCUCCAGCAAACGUACAUGGAGGUUUUCAGCGAGGUAGGGGAGUUUAUAAUCAACUGCGAUGGGCAUGUCAACACAAGAGCGCUGGAGCAAUUUCUUUUGCAUCUGCUAAGGAAAUUGGAGACAUCGAAGAAGUUGGAAUCUAAUGUUGAGAUGGGCAUGACAAUGUGGUCAUCGUAUAUCAACAUUCUAAAGUGGUGCGCAGACUAUUAUUUCAAUGGAGUGGUGUUGGACGAGUCCUACUACUCGUGGGAGAAUGCUCCAGCCAUGGGAAGAUUCAUCAACUUCAUGGGCACACACUCACAUGGCGUGAGUUCCCAGUAUGAGUCGUUGGAGAGACCAAGCAAUCCAGCCGCCGGCUUCCUGCUAUUGCAGAAGCUUCUACUUCUCGGCACGGUCUUGGAGAAGAGUGGUGUCAACCUUGAGGUUCUUGACGGCCUGGAUGGUCGUGCCUGGCACCUUGCUCACAAGCCCCAGCAGCACGUCCACCUUGCACCCCCGCUCCAUGGUCAGCUCGAUGUUUAG